UGCCCCGACCCCACUAACAUUUCCCGCUUUCCUACCCCUUGAACUCCCUUGAACUUACUCCAGCCAAGACAGAAUCAUCGAUGCUCGCCUCAUUGGAACAGGAGUUGCUAGGCAACCGUGUCCUUCGUACUGUCCAUACCAAUUGAUUCUAUUAACAUGACAAUUGAUGUACCUAAGUAGCCCAGAACGCUAGAAGAAUACCAUCAACAUGUCGGCGGCCAACAAUGAUACUCCCAUGACUCGGUUCCUGUUCGCCAUUUUGCGACAGAAGAACCUCAAGGACAUUGACUGGAACAGGGUCGCCCAUGAUCCAGUCCUUAGUCAGGAGAUCACCAACGGCCAUGCCGCUCGAAUGAGGUUUUCGCGCUUCCGAACCACCAUGCUAGGAACUGAAGUUGUCCGGCGCAAUCGAACUACUCAACCGAAAUCCCGAGUCUCGAAAGCCAAGAAGGAGCCAAGAAUGAAGAAAACAGAACUCGUCAAACUGGAACCCGCUCCGGAUUCACCAGUAUUCCGGGAACCAACUGAAACGCCCGCCCCGGAAAUCAAACAAGAGAAUUCUCCGUACAACUACAACCGAUUUACGCCACGUCUCACUCCCGGGCCUGGCCCGGGUCCGAGUCCAAUUGAGAAAGUAGUGCCCAAUACUCCCGCGAUGAUUCAACCUCGAUAUCUUACGCCAGCCAGCGAUAUCGACAUGUUUUCUCCUUCCCCAUCGCUCACACCUAGUCCUGUCGGCGAUAUGAUGAGUGCCCAUACCUCCUUCGACUUUCGCGGGUCACCUUGUCCUGAACGGCCCGACCCAAUGUGGUCAGCCGUUCCAUCGUACACGUCCUAUCCACCAAGUUAUUCGAUCGACGAUUACGGCAUGAGACCUUGCGACCACCCUCACAUGUAUCAGACUACGCACAUGCGCGCCGAUUUCACAAGCCUCUCGCCCUCGCCCGAAGCGGACUACGUUCAUAUAAAACGGGAGGAUGUGGGUCAAUACAAUUGAUGGACAGAAUGGGAAUAUGGUCGGGG